AGGAAGGAGGUUCUCAUCCAAGAUUUUACGGUACAUGGCCCCAUCCAUCUUUCCUUCAAUGUACGCUUGGCAGAAAACACCCCCAAAGCAUAAUGCUUCCACCUCUGUGUUUGAAGUAAAUCUGCUUGACACAUCUUCAAUAUCAGGUGACUGGGGGUGGCAAACGUACCCAUCACAUGGGUGGGAGUCCAUCAAUGGAAUGAAUGAAUACUUCAGCCCAAUACAGGCAUAUCAAGUUUGUAAUGUCAGGAGUCCUGGUCAGAAAAACUGGCUGUGUACUAACUGGAUCCAACGGGAUGGUGCACAGCAUAUCUAUAUUGAGGUCAAGUUCAUACUGCGGAACUGCAACAGUAUGCCUGGUGUGCUUAGCACCUGCAAGGAAACAUUCAACCUGUAUUAUUUUGAGACAGACCAUGAUGUUGGGACUAACAUCUGGUAUAACAGGUUUUCCAAGAUUGACACAAUCGCAGCAGAUGAAAGCUUUACCAGCAUGGACCUAGCGGUGCGGAGGCUUAAAUUAAACAGAGAGGUGCAAGGGGUUGGUCCCCUAAACAAGAAGGGCUUUUAUCUCCUCUUCCAGGAUACAGGUGCCUGCAUCACUAUUGUUUCUGUGAGGGUGUACUAUAAAAAGUGCCUGGGGAUGGUCCACAACCUGGCCGUAUUCACAGACAUAGUGGCAGGAGCAGACUUAUCAGCACUGGUGGAGGUUUAUGGUCAAUGUGUAGACAAUGCAGCUGAGGAAGACACCCCAAAAAUGUACUGUAGCGCUGAAGGGGAAUGGCUCGUCCCAAUUGGGAGGUGUGUAUGCACUGCUGGGUUUGAACAGCAAGAGAACUCCUGUGUAGCUUGUGAGGUGGGGUCCUACAAACCUUCAGCAGAAGACAAGUUGUGUAGAAAGUGCCCCCUACACAGCCAUUCAGAUGCAAGAGCAGCUCUGUUUUGUCCAUGUGAGCCUAACUACUACCGCUCAGCUGCAGACCCUCCAGGCACACCAUGCACAAGACCCCCAUCUGCUCCAGUCGAUGUGAUUUCUGAGGUGAAUGGCACUUCUGUAAGUCUGGAAUGGGGCCUGCCACUAGACCUUGGUGGACGGAGUGAGAUCCUAUACAAUAUAGUCUGCCUGAAAUGUGUUGAGAACUGGACAAAAUGUGAGGAUUGCAGUGCAGCUGGAGAGAGCAGUAGAAGCAGCGAUGGAGGAAAGAGGGGAGCGAUCCCAGCUGUGCGCUUCAUACCUCAGCAGACAGGACUGGAAGAGCAAUGGGUUAUGGUGUUGAACCUGCUAGCACACACAAACUACACCUUCAACAUUCAGGUGUUCAAUGGAGUGUCACACCUUAGCCCAGAACCAAUGAAGUUUGCUGCUGUCAAUGUCACUACAAACCAGGCAGCACCCUCCCAGGUGAUUGCAAUCCGGCAGAAGAACACCAGUCAGAACAGCAUCACUUUGUUAUGGCAUGAGCCAGACCAGCCCAAUGGUGUUAUCCUGGAGUAUGACAUCAAAUAUUACGAAAAGGACAUGGAACAUCAGACAUACUCCACCUUCAAGUCCAAGGGCACCAGUGCCAAAGUGUCUGGGCUGAAGCCAGACACUCGCUAUAUGUUCCAGGUGCGCGCCAGGAACUUUGCCGGCUGUGGCCGCUUCAGCCACAGUGUCGAAUUACGCACUGGGAAAGCUGAGCUUUUUGGAUAUGACACUAUGACAAUUAUCUGGAUUUUCAUAAUACUGGUCACAGGCCUGGUGGUGUCUCUUGCUGUCUUCAUCUGCAUGAAAUGGCCCUGCAGAUCCAGUAAAGCCAUCCAGAAUUCAGAUGAGGAGAUAAUGAAUGACCAGCAUAGGCACACUACAUUGCCAGAUGCCAGGCUUCACAUCGACACCAACACAUAUGAAGAUCCAUGUCAAGCUGUACAUGAAUUAGCUCAGGAAAUUGAGCCUUCAAGGAUAACAGUUGUGAACAUCCUUCACUCAGGUGAAUUCGGAGAAGUGUGCUUUGGCUACAUGAAGCGCCCAGGGAAGCGUGAUAUUUCAGUGUCCUUGAAAACUCUGAAAGAGGAAUGCAGUGAAAAGCAGCAACGAGACUUUCUGAGCAAGGCCAGCAUCAUGGCACAGUUUGAUCAUCCCAAUGUCAUUCACUUGGAGGGCAUUGUCACCAGAAGUAAACCACUAAUGAUCAUUACUGAAUACAUGAAGAAUGGAUCUUUAGAUUCCUUCCUCAGGAGACAUAAUGGGCAGUUCACUGUCAUCCAGCUGAUUGACUUUCUGCAUGGGAUCGCAGAUGGUAUGACAUACCUGGCUGAUCUUGGAUAUAUCCACCAGGAUCUGGCUGCCCGUAACAUCCAAGUCAGCAGUAACCUGAUCUGUAAAGUCGCUGACUUUGGCCUGUCACAAGUGCUGGGGGCUGGCCCAGAUGCAGCCUACACCACUGCUGCUGGAGAGAUACCCAUCCGCUGGACAGCCCCUGAAGCUAUCACCUAUCAAAAGUUCUCAUCGGCCAGCGAUGUAUGGAGCUAUGGAGUUGUUAUGUGGGAGGUCAUGUCGUAUGGAGAAAGACCAUACUGGAACCUAACUAACAGAGAUCUAGGGUAUAUCCCAGAAAUGCUGCCUGGGAGGCUCCAGGUCCCCCUACAGUACAACCCUGACCAGUAUGGACGGAUGCAUGGAAGGAUGUUUUGCUAG